AUGGAACACAAAACAUUCGCCAUUACCGGCAUUCCCGUUCCCGCGGGACAGCCAGUUCCCGUGCGCCGCGAGGUGUCGCAAUGGGCGACCUCGACCGAUCCUCAAGACCAGAUCCAGGUCUCUCUCUUCGUCCGCGCCGUGAAGAAGAUGCAGCUGAGGGAUCCUUUGAAGAACGAGCUGUCCUUUUAUCGGAUCGCCGGCAUCCACGGCCUGCCUGCUAAGCGGUGGAAUCACGCUCCUUCACCAGAUGGCUUUUACUGCGCCCACAACACCUACCAGUUUCCUACCUGGCAUCGGCCGUACCUGAUGCUGUAUGAGCAAGUAUUGCAUGACAUUAUGGUGCAGGAAGUGAUUGAAGAGGGAAUCUCGGAUCCCGCCAUCAAAGCCACCUGGACGGCCGCAGCUGAUACCUGGCGGCUGCCCUUCUGGGACUGGGCGAUCAAGCAGCAGGAUACCCAGGAACUGGGCCUUCCGAAUCUGCUGUCAGAAGCCAAUGUCAAAAUUUUGAAAGUGGGAGACACGGAGACGGAACCCUUUGAUAACCCGUUGUACAAGUUUGUCAAUCGGCUCCCAGUCGGAAAGGAUAAAUGGGAAAAGGUUGCCAUGGGCGACCCUAGAAUGGGGAAGUACAAGAUUCAGGCCGAAAAUUUUGACAAGUCUAUUGGCACCAGUCGGUGGGCAAAGCCUGAUGAUAGUGAGUGGGCAAAGGGCAAAGUGGACAACAAGAUGGUCAACGAGAACAUCAAGAACGCAGAGUGGUAUAAAAAGCUCCUCGCCGGCAGCAUCGCCGACAAUGUCGCACGCCUGCUCACCGACGAUUACUUCCUCGACUACAACAAGUUCUCUUCCACGCGCUACGCCAAGCACAAUUCCAACGGCAGUGACCCGUGUGCGACGGAGUGGCUCUCGCUGGAGAUGGUCCACAACAACAUCCACAUGUGGGUGGGUGGGUAUACCGGGACGUCGACCGGGGGCUAUACCUCGGACUCUGAGGAUGAGGACGAUGAGCCUGUCAAGGGGGAGACGUUCGAUGGGCAUAUGGCCAAUGUUCCCGUUGCAGGAUUCGACCCGGUCUUCUACCUCCACCAUGCCAACGUGGAUCGGAUCCUGGCCAUCUGGCACUUUUUGAGCGACAAGUGGAUCAAUCCAGGCGACUCCAUCUACACGGAAGAUUUGCGUCCCUUUACCAAGGACGAGCAGGGCUCAUACCACUCGUCCCAGUUCAUGAGCGAUGAAAAGCAAUGGGGCUACACGUACCCAGAGCUCACGGCGGGGGCCACCAAGGACUCGGUCAAGCAGCGUGUCUGGGAGCUGUACGGGCACCCGAUGAUGCACCUGCAGAGCGAUCAGGACUUCAACACCUCCAAGGAUACAUUUGACGACUAUAUCAUCAACAUCACCUAUGACCGCUACGCGCUCAAGGGAAAGCCGUAUUACAUCACUUUCUACCUGGAAGACGCCGACGAGUCCUGGACACUGGGCCAGGUGUUCAACUUCAGCGCCGAGCUGGAGUAUGGCUGUGCGAACUGCAAGACGCAGAAGGAACAGGGCAUCCUGUCCCGGGCCCAGGUGCCCAUCUCGGUGCCGCUGCAUAAGCUCUCCCAGGAAUGGGGCGGGAGGAUCCGUCUAGGCCCGGCGGAUGGGGUGUCCAUUGCCUCGAUGAGUCUGGAGGAGGGCACUGUGGUGCCUCUUUUGGCAGAAUUCCUCAAAUGGAAGGUCUUCACGACCAAAGGCAAGGAGGUCCCCAUCUCCCGGUUGUCGACUCUGGAGGUGGAAGUGUUACGGGCUCCUAUCCCGUACUCCAUUCCCAUCCCCAGUGAGGGGGACUUUUCCAAAAAUACGGAUCUUAUGGAAGAGGGGGGGCUGCCGCAGUUCACAUCUAAAUAUACGACCAUCCAUGCUGCCACAAUGGGUAAAGAAGGUGGUGUUUAG